ACAGCUUCUCACGUCUGCGUUUUGGCGCCUUUGACUAGUAGGCUUUCACUGUCUAAGAAUUCUGCGGACUUCUAUAAAGUGAUCUGCAAAUUUGGCACAAAUUUGAAUCGGGGGAGAGUCGGUUUCAUCAACUAUAAUCCAACGGUCGAGAUAACUUCAUUCUUAUUUAGUAUUCGGUGACAGAAUAAACAGAAAAAUGGCAGAUUUAGAUAUGGUCAAUCGAGAUCCAAAUAAUCUGAACAACCAUCUUCAGAUAUGUUUCGAUGACGUGAUUGGUGAACCUGAAGGAGCUCACAGUGCUGAUUGCGUCUUUCGGAAUUCAUACAAGUGUUAUAACGGCGGCAAAAACUGCUGUUACAUGUUCCUCACGUUUCUGUGUGGUCUACCACUAGCCUUAUGUUGGGGAUGUGAGUUCGCGAUGAUCACUUUCCAACACGUCUGGCAGAUUACACCAUGUCUUAGAGUGUUUAUGAUCAACUUGGGUUGCUGUCAGAAGUUCCUCGGAAGCUGCGUAAACUGCUGUUUGGCGCCAAUCUGUGAAACUUGUGGGUUGUUUUUCAGUAACAUCAAAGUUUCCAACGCUGCGACAACUUGAAUGUCUUGGCAGUGACUUUUUAUUAGACGUUUUUGUGACUUCAUUAAACAACAACGAUCUGUUUCAACUGCAGUCAGACAACAAUAAUUUUUUGCACUACGGUAACAUCCAAAUACCAACACAUGCAGUUAAUAAAGACAAAAUAUGAUCUCAAAAUAAAAUCGUCUCCUAAUGUGCUAAUGACCAAGACAAUCGGUAGCAAACUUUCAGUAUCCAUCCUCCAAGAUUUACUAAUGUCGUUCUCUGUUACUGUAUCCGUUUUCAUCAUUACCUUCGUUGAAAGUCGACAAGCUAAAUUUGACUUCAGUAUUAUGAUUUUAACAUAUUUACAUUACUAUCUAUAUGUUUUCUGUUUUCUCCAGAACUUUGUGAUAACGAUCCCAUAAAAACCAACUCUCGUCUCAACUAUCUAAGCUAAUGGUGCGGGCACACGAUCGGUCUUGGUCGGAGAUAUUUGUCGCCGACUAGUCUUGUCAUGAGUUUCGCCGACCGACUAUGUCGAUAAUCAAUCUUAUGAAUGAAUCUGAUGAAUGUCUUGCAGACAACAAAGCAAUCGGCGACAAAUAUGAAACUGAUUUGAUACUAUAAAUCUAAUAUUCUAAUAUCCUGAUCAGCCUUUUUCAUCCCCAUUGGACCAAACCUGUUGGGAUCAGGUAGUAUGGAGGUUGAGUGGUUCAGUUCAUAAAUAUUUUUAUUGUUAUUCUUAUAUAAAAUGAGUUAUUUUU